ACGAAUUUAACCAUGUGUUUACAAAUUUGAGUAGGAGGUGAGCGAGAGAUCUUUAAAACAUAAUAACUGUUAUUAACUUUGAUAGACGUCACCUCAUCUAUAAAAGCGCAGUCGCUACUUCUCAUGUAAUUUUACGAAUUCUCAAGCGUCUCCUUGAAUUUAUCUAUUUUUUUUCGUAUCGUGAGAUUUCAAGAAGAUUGCAAACAGUUUCUGAAAAUAUGGUGGCUCCAGAAUCUCUUAGUGCUCCCAAGCGUUUUAUUAAAACCUAUCAACAUUAUAUAAAUGCUGGCAUUGAUCUAACUGCAGGAUCAGCUGGUGGUGCCGCUUGCGUGUUUGUUGGGCAACCUCUGGAUACUAUAAAAGUAAAAAUGCAAACUUUCCCUCAUUUAUACCAAAAUAGCUUAAUUUGUUUCAAAGAGACUCUUUUUAAAGAAGGAUUCCGUGGACUUUAUGCCGGUACAGUACCUGCUUUAGUUGCUAAUAUAGCUGAGAACUCUGUCUUGUUCUGUGCGUAUGGAGUGUGCCAAAAUGCUGUUAAAUUUUUACUCAGAAAAGAAAACGUACUUGAUUUAAAUCCCUUAGAAAAUGCUACUGCUGGGUUCUUUGCAGCAUUUUUCUCAUCUUUCUCCCUUUGUCCUACUGAAUUAGUGAAAUGUCGUCUUCAAGCCAUGCGAGAAACUUCUGCCCAAGAUACAGCAGGCAAACGUCCGCACAUUGGACCUUGGGUAUUGACGAAAGAAAUUUUCAAAUCCGAAGGUAUAUUAGGUUUUUUUCGUGGUUUUGGAGUUACUGUUCUUCGUGAAAUGCCAGGAUAUUUCUUUUUCUUUGGUGGAUAUGAAUUGUCAAGAAAUAUGCUAACACCUAAAGGAAAGACAAAAGAUGAUAUAGGUCUUUUGAGGACCAUAAUUGCUGGUGGAAUUGGUGGAGUCUCGUUUUGGGUUGCAAUUUUUCCUGCUGAUGUUAUUAAAUCUAGAUUGCAGAUUUCAAAAUCGAAUGAUUCAACAUUAGAAGUUACAAAAGACCUUAUAAGGAAAGAAGGAUUUAGGGCAUUAUAUAAAGGAUUGGGUCCAACCGUUUUAAGAACAUUUCCUGCUAGUGGAGCUUUAUUUGUUGCUUUUGAAUAUACAAAACAAUUUUUAAAUUUUGGAUUAUCUUGCAUAUCUUAAAUGGAAAAAUAAGAUUUGUUUAAGAAUCCAGCUAUGAUAGCAGUUGUAUAAUUUAUUGCUUUAAUUCACACCAAGUUACUAUGUAAAUGAUUCAUUUUAAUUGGGAAAUUACUCCCAACUUCACAUUUAGUUAUUGUUUUUAAUCUAUGAGAAAUAAAUUGAUGUAUGAAUAA